UCUGCACUCUGAGCACGUCUCCUCAAACCCUUUCCCUCAUCAGAAACCUCCCCACGCACACUUUCUCUCUCACCCAUCGUCAACAAUGGCUAUCUCCAUUACCGAAGACUACCCGCGGGUUUCGCAAAACCACCUCAGGUACACCAUCGACGUCCACGGCACCCCCUUCACCACCAACGUCACCUCCGACCCCGAAGUCGUCCGCAAAUGGCUCCGGAAAACUCUCUACCGCUACGCCCGCUUCCGUCACCGCCUUGUCGUCGGAAUCGGCGUCCAGUGGCGCCCAGCCUUCUACCGCGGCGAAAAACCGCCAGCCGCCACUCUCCAGCUCUGCGUCGGCCGCCGCUGCCUCAUCUUCCAGCUCCGCCACUCCCCCACCGUCCCGAACCUCCUCCGCCACUUCUUAAAGGACCCCAACCACACCUUCGUCGGCAUGUGGAACCACUCCGACGCGGAAAAGCUCUUGGAAUCCUCGGAGCACGAGUUGGAGAUGGCUCGUAAACCGGUGAAUCUGAGACGUCACGCGGUGUCGAGGCACGACGGGCGGAGUCUCGAUGCCAGGGCGUCUAGGGAGACUAUAGUGAGGGAGUGUCUUGGAUUUGAUGUCGAUUUCAACACGAGGAUUGGGAGAGUGAUUGGGAGAAGUAUGAACUUGAUGAUGAGCAGAUCUUGUAUGCUGCUGUUGAUGCUUACUGCUCCUUCUUGAUCGGCAAGGAUUUGAGGGCUUGGGAAUUUGUGAAUAUCUGUGCAGCAAUAUGGACUCAAGAACAAGAUUUGUGGGCUCAAGAACAAGAUUUCCAGGCUCAAGAAGAAGAAUUGUGGGCUUUGUGGGCUCAAGAGGCUCAAGGACAAGAUUUGUGGGCUGAAGAAGAUUUGUGGGCUUUGUGGGCUCAUGAGGCUCAAGAACAAGAUUUGUGAAGCUUCUGAUGUACUCCAGUACAAUCUACCACUGUUAGGUAAAAGUUGGUAAUGUCCUUUGAUGAAUUAUGAAUCUGAAAUGCAUUUGGGG